GUUAACAUUGCGCAUAAAAUAAGCUGUUUAUAUGAAACGGUUAUUUUCUUACAAUUUUUUCAAAACAUCAACAUCGUCUGUUUUAUUAGGUGAAUAUUACUGCCAUACGAUGGUGAUCCUUGGAUUUUAGAAUGAUUUGGCAACACUAUACAGUGGUGAGAGCAUCGUGAAAUUAUUUUCUUUCUGGCAACUCCGUAUCUUGAUUAUUUACAAUUGAAAUGUCAAAACGAGCAGAGUGAGAAAUGAUAUCGUAAACUCGACGCAAAGAACGGGAAUCAAGAAUCGUCGCCGGUUGUAUGGUGUUUUGUUCUGUUGGAGAAUAUCGCAGCAUUCGUCGACGGUCAUAUCCGGGCAAAGCCCGGAUGUAAUACAUCUCGCAUUCGUUGAAAAAAGUGAUCAAAAGCAUAUAGGACGAAGCCCUCGGGAAGAUUAUAAAUACCUUUGCAAAAAGUUUUGUUUGUUUAGUGAAUUUACUGUAAAGUGGCAGAGAGAGGGCUACAAGUUUGUGCGUGUGUGCAUUUUUAUCGCAGCAAAGUUGUUCCGCCGGCGAUCGUUUCCAGUAUCAAGAGCCUCUUUCCUGCUUAUACUUCGUCUUUGCAUUUUUGCCUCCCGCCAGGCCGUGUCAGUGAAAAACAAAAAAAAAGAAAGUUUAUUCAUUUGGCGAGAAAAGGAUGUAACCUUGCUCAAUGGUGACAGUUCCGAAUCCAGCUUCCAGUGUAAACAAAAGUGACAGUCGGUUCUUCUAGUGCAGGCGGACUGCUGAAGAGUAUUUUUUCAAUUUGUUUUCGUUCCGGUUACGGCAGAGAAGAGUGUACCAUCGUAGAAAAACACACCCAUAAGUACCUACCUAAGUAACUUCACAGAAAAGGCAGUGUGUGAGAAAGUGGCCUGCAGAACCAUCGACAACAAUCAGGACCAUGAUGCCCACCUUGUGUCCGUCCAGCGUGCCAUGGAUCGUUCUAAAUCGUGAACACAAGUUUGGAAGCAGGUAUACCGAGUACGGGAACAGCGUGCAAUAGGAGUUGUUGGGUUCAGAGCAGAAGCACUAACAGUAGCAGUAGCUAUCGUGUUGUCAGCGGAAGGAACUUCUCUAAUCGAACAGUUGAAAGAGUAGCUGCAUCGACGUCGGACGGCACAACAAAAACUAACCACAACAACAGCAGCAGACACAAUAAGGUCAACCACCACAUAUAAGUGAAUCUUCCUGAAUCACCGCAAAGGAAGCUUUUUUGUUGUUCCUUAAAAGAUAAAGCGUCGCCAAUCCGGAAGAAAAGGAACAUAGAAGUAUUAAACCAGAAGACACGUUUCAGAACCAGGAAAAAAAACUUGCAUUGUUCUUUGAAGAAUCGAGCGUCGCUUAGCCACAGACGUAGAUAAAAUAAAAGCAUCUGCAACAUAACGCUGUGUGAUAAGAGAACUCUUCGAAUAUGUCAAUUGGGACAGGCUACGAGAAGGCGGACUCUAGAAACCUGCCGUCAAUAAUGGAAGAUACUGUGAUUAAUUUUUUCACAUCAAAUCCAAAUUUCGUGACUUCAGAAUCUAGACAAGUGAAGAUGCAAAGAUCUGGUAGAAAGAAUUACGGCGAUAUGGCAGUUGGGUUUGUAAAACUUCAGCGGUUUGGAGAAAAAUGCAGAAUUAUAGCGAGUGUGGUUCCAGAGCAUAGAGUAAAUCAACGCUCAUAUGAAGUAUCACUAGUCAUUAAUGAAGCAAAUGAAUUGAUAGAAGAUUUCUCCUGUGAAUGUGAGGCCAACAUGGGUGGCUGCAAGCAUGUUUCGGUUUUCAUAUUUUGGAUUUUUCGGAGAAAUGAAACACCAGCUUCCACAGAGGUAGAAUGUUACUGGAAUGCAGCCCCAAUGACAGCAGCAGCUCGGAAAAAAGGUGUACUAUGGGCAAAUGAAAUAGUAUUUUCAAAGAAUACUCCAAGUACCCUUGAUAAUGACCAAGAAAAUGAGGAUGGUACAGAUCGAGUUUUAAAGAAACAAAUUGAUCCUUUAAAAAAACUAGAUAUUAACGUGAAAUAUGCACUUCAUUCUAAUUUCAAGGAUUGUAAGAAUCCCUUUGGUAUACUAAAAUAUUUAAUGCCAUAUGAUGAUGCAAAAACUAUUCAAAUAGAUACUCUAUUCAUAAUGUUUAAGAAGUCGAAGCCUGUCAAUAUGAAUAUGCAAACUUUCUUCAAAUACUGUGAAACCAAAAUGAGCUAUUCAAUUCUUGAGCAAGUUCAAACUCAUACAACAGAACAGAGUGAGAGUCAAGAAUGGAUUCGAUUACGCAUAGGACGUAUAACUGCUUCAAUUUGCUAUGAAGCUUCAAAAUGCAAAACGUUCGCUGGAUCAUUAGUUGAACGUAUUAUGGGAUUCACCUCACCUUUCGAGACACAAAAUAUGAAGCGCGGAAAAGAGUUAGAAAAAAAAGUUCUUGCAGUGUUGUCUUCGAAGUAUGGUACGAUCUCUGAAGCAGGAUUGUUCUUGUCAAGAACAUACCCUUUUCUUGGAGCAUCACCAGAUGGGAUUCAAAAAAAUAUUAUUUAUGAAAUCAAAUGUCCUGCUACAAUGAAAUCUUUAAACAAAUAUUAUAUAAGUGAAUCAGGCAAUAUUAUGGCAAAAUGUCUUGCGCAAAUACAGCUGCAAUUGCAUCUCUGUCGAAGAAAAAAAGCUCUAUUUUGUGUUGCGAAACCCAUUUUUGAAACUGAUGCAAUUGUAGAUAAUAUAAUAAUUAAGGAAGUAACGCAUGACCAGAAAUAUUGUUUAGCUUUAAUACAAAAAUUAGAAAGUUUUUGGGAAAAAGCAGUAUUUGUCAAGCUAUUAGCACAAUAUUCUUAUGAAUGUAAAUAAAUUGUGAUUGUACGAU